GUCCUAUUCUAAAUAAGUAUUGUGAUUUAAAGUUUUAUUAUGUCAUAAAAUUUUAGUUAAGUCGUAAUUAAUAAAUGUCCGUGUAUAUUUGACAUAGCGAUUCGAUUGGGAUUUUAAAUUAAUAUUUUUUCUGUUUUUUUUCCAUACCAACAAUGCAAAUUUCUCGUAUCAACAAACUAGAAUUGUUUUCCGUAAUUUUUCGAGGUUAUGGAACUCACAGAUCACACAAAUACUACGAGAUAUUAGAAGUUUCACCAGAUUGCUCGCAAAAAGAAAUAAGAAGAUCCUUUAUUGCGUUAUCGAAAAAAUUUCAUCCUGAUAUCAUGGGAAAAGAGGGACAUGAUAAAUUUGUAGCAUUGCAAGAAGCUUACAAUGUUCUCAGCAAGGAACAUACAAGAAAACAAUAUGACAUGAGUUUAAAAUAUAAUACUUAUUCUUCAUUUUAUCCUGACUAUAAUCCAAAAGCAGACCAUUAUCAUGUUUACAGAUCACGUAGAGAAUGGGAAGAGCAUAUGGCAAGAGGAAAUUGGCAACCAAAUUACAAUAAUAAAGAACAAAAAAAUAUAAAUUCUGAAUUAUUAAUUUAUACUAUAUUUGGGAUAUUUUUAAUAAUUUUUCAAUUGAUAAUUGUACAACAAGGAUUACUUAGUAGAAUUGAUCUAAUGCAAAUAAAAUAUCAAAAAGAAUAUAACGCAAUACGACAAAAGGUGAAAAAUCUUACGUUUGAAGAGCAGAUGGAUCUUGUGAAAGAAAAAAUGAGGAUAUACGAGGAAGAAGUGAAUAGAAGAAAAUUUGAUGAUAAGAAGUAAAUAUAUUAUUUUAGAAAGAGUCAUUACAAUAGUUGAUCGUACAAAUAUUAUUAUAUAGUUUAAAGAAUACAUUCGUAUUGUUAACUUGUGAUACUAUAUAUAAAUUAUAAUGCAAGAUAUCUGAUAUAUGUAGUAUACAUAGCAAAAUUCAUGAAUACACAAAAGUGUUUAUGAACUAAUGAGUCUAUAAAUGUAUAUUUACACGUAA